AUGCAAUACAUCCGCAACGGAAAACUCAUCCUCAACCUGACAAAGGACUCUUACGAACAGCUAGGACUUUCAGGAAAGCCAUCGACAUUCCACAAAGAUCGCCAACGCUAUGUCGUGGAAAUUGAACUGAACAAGCCAGCAAUGAUCCCAGGGAAACCAGGAUUCGAGAGGAUAAACUGGUGCUUUGAGAAUACCUUUGCGGCUCCUUUCUCUAUGCUAUUCGCCAGCGUCGACCCACAAGGUGUGUCACUACCGCUCGAAUUUCCAGCAUCAGCGCGGGCGACACCAAUGACGUUCAACAUUCAAUCCACCUGUCUCAACAACGUUGUCAUCCCGGAUGCCACCCCUAUCCGAACCAUCGGAAAGAACGACCUUCGCUGGCGAAGAUCAGUCUCAGAACUCUACGAGUGGAUCGGUCUCGCCUCCAUGCAGUCUGAACGGAUCACAUUCGGCGACAAUAUCGAUCCAUUUUUAUGCGUAUAUUCCCCUCCACCACCUCCAACAACAGAAGACCAACAGGAUUCAAGGCCGUCCUCUGGCUGCCUCAUUGAAAUAUCGGGAUUUAUCCCAUCUCAGAGCAUUGUCAGGAUACUGGAAGCACUUCGUCUUUUCAACAUCAAGCAGAUCAGAUCAGUUCCCAAGUACAUCGAAUACUUUGGGCGCCUGAGCUUAGAGUUUGACGAUUUGGGAGCGGCGAACAUUAGGAUAAACUUCCCAAUAGAUUGA